AGAACUUGAUGCGCUUACAGAAAAACUCAUGGACAGUGAAGGCAGAUUGGAUACAAUUAAAAAGAGUCUCAGACACUAUGAAACAUCAAGAAGCAAACUGGAAACUGAGGAGAAAACACUUACCUUACAGUUAGAGCACCAGCUGAAAGAGAUUGUGAAUGUUCAGAGAAAGCGGGCAGAAAUAAUGAAGGAGAUUGCCAAAGAGCAGCAGAAAUUUGAACAUAAACAAAAUCAGCUUUUAAAGAAAAUAAAAUCUUUUGAAGACGACAUCGCAAAAGAGUCAGUAACAAGUGUUAUGUUUGAUCAGAGGAAAGCUGAGCUUCAUAUUGAUCUUAAAGACAAGGAAAAAGUUAAAGAAACUGACCAUGUUUUUGUUAAAGAACUGGAUGAACAGCUGCAAUCAGUUAAACAGAAAUAUGCAUCCGAGGCUGAAGAAAUAGGUUGCUUGAUUAAUGAAAACACAAAAUUGACACAGGAGUCAAAAAUGUUAGCAGAGUCUCAUAAAGCUGUUGUCACCAAACUCAGCAGACAAAUUGAGGAGCUCAGUGAACAGCUGGCUGUAGAAACCA